CGGUGCUACAUUUUACAGUGGGAAAACAGGUAAUAAAUACAUGGACCAUCACUGAAGCUCUGGGAAGACAAGCUAAUGUCCCGCUUCGCUGGCUUCACGUGUGCAGAAAUGUCCAGACUGAUGUUAGGGAAAACCUUGGAAAGGAUAUGCAAAGCUGUUCUCUUACUGUGUUUGGUGCACUUUCUGAUCAUGAUGAUCUUGUAUCUGGAUGUCUACACCCAGAGGUUUGACAUUUUCAGCCGCUUCAAUAAUAGGAAUUACUCAAAAAUACAUCAAUACUUCAACAGUACGAAGCCCAAUAGGACAUUCCUUGGGGGUGAAGACCAUUUAAUGUCAAGCAGGAAGUUGGAAAGUAACCUUACAGUCACUGAAAAGCCUUUAUCGAUGUGCCCUGAUGUCCCCCAGGGAUUAGUUGGCCGGUUGUUGAUCGAAUUCAACUCCCCGAUGACGAUGCAGAAGGUUCAGAGAGAGAACCCGGACGUAAAGGACGGAGGAAAAUACACCCCGUCAGACUGCAAAGCCAAACAAAAAGUCGCCAUCAUAAUCCCAUUCCGGCACAGGGAACAUCACUUGAAAUACUGGCUCCAUUAUCUACAUCCUAUUCUACGUAGACAGAAGAUCAACUAUGGGAUCUAUGUCAUAAACCAGAAUGGGGAAAGUAUGUUCAACCGAGCAAAACUGCUGAAUAUUGGAUACACGGAGGCCCUGAAGGACGGAGAAUAUGACUGCUUUGUAUUUAGUGACGUGGACUUAAUCCCAAUGGAUGACAGAAACGUCUACCAUUGUUAUGAUCAGCCUCGCCAUUUUGCCAUCGCCAUGGACAAGUUUGGAUUUAGGUUACCAUACACUGGCUACUUUGGUGGAGUGUCAGGACUGAGCAAGGAGCAAUUUUUAAAAAUAAAUGGUUUUCCAAAUGAAUACUGGGGCUGGGGAGGUGAAGAUGAUGAUAUUUACAACAGAAUAACACUAAGAGGUAUGAAAGUCAACCGACCCGAUUCCAGAAUUGGAAAAUAUCGGAUGAUAAAACAUGAACGAGACAAGCACAACGAACCUAACCCCCAGAGGUUUACAAAAAUCCAGAACACGAAGAUCAACAUGCUGCGAGAUGGGAUCAACUCCUUGAAGUACCAGCUGCUGAAUGUGAGCAGGUUCCCAUUGUACACGAACAUCACAGUGGACAUUGGCACUCCCCCACACCGGCCUCCGAGAGGAUAGCAGACCACACGCUUCUCCUGCCGACACGACUCCCAUCGCCCUCUGUGGUUUCUGUCUGGCUGGCAGAGGGCAGCCGCUUUCUCUCUCAUUUUCUUCCUGACUCUCCAAAGAAUUAUGCUGACUAAUUUUUUUUAAAAAAAAACGAACACAGCGUGUGAAAAAGGGGGGAAAAUCCUCUCCGUAAAACUGCUACGAUCCCGUCUCCUG